CUUAAUUGUUUAUUUUCACUUUACCUGUGCUUCUAACCAUCUACUUUGAGAGAUUUUUGCAAGAUUUGUUAAGUUUUAGGUGGAAGCAUGGUGUUUGGAGUAAAAAUCUGCACAUUAUGGUGCAAAAAAAUUUGUUUUAAAACAGGGGCUCGAAGUGCUCGGGUGUUGAGAUGAACUUCAGAGCAUUCAACAUCCCCACGAAGAAGACCGGAGGCUCCUCCUCUGCUGCCCCAAGAACUGUACUGGUGCAACAGGAAUCGGUGGAGAUCAAUUCUGAGGAGGAAACUCCUCCGACCGGGAGGACCGGUCAGGCCGGGAGAACCACGGUAAACCCUCCCCUAGACAAGGGGAAGGGGAAGGUCCGAACCAAGCACGCCGCCACCACCCAUCCCUCGGCAAAGAGGAGGAGGGGAGAAAGCGCCCUGGCCACAGAGUCGUUAGAGGAGCUCUGGGUCAAGAUGGGGCGAAAGCUGAAAGAGAUGGGUGAGGUUGGGCCUGAAACCUUGGGGAGGCUUGCCGAGGACUCCCCUUCCCGGUCACUUCAGCUGGAGGAAAAACUGAAGAGGCUUGAAGUCCAGAACCGGGAGCUUCAAGACCUGACAACCCGGCAACUUGACGAGAUGGCCAACUUCUCGGCGGUUGCCGGUAGGGCGAACGCGGAGGUCCUCCAGCUGAAAGAGGAGAACUCGCUGUUGAUGGGGGAGGUCUCCCACCUGAAGGAGGAGGCAUGGGUGAAGGAGCAAGAGCUGCCCGGUCGGGCCAGACAGUGGAUGGAGGAGAACUUGGUAGAGGCCGCCCGGGUGCUUACUUCCUCUGAGGAGAGGACAAUGGAGGGCUUCAAGCUUUUGUACCGGGAGGACCAUGGGAAGGAGAUGACCGGGAGGCCAGCCACGCGAUCCUCGCUGACCGGGACCCGCAUUUUGACGCUGAUUCAUACGGCCUUGCCCCCAUCCCGGACGAAGAACCUGCACCUCCUUUUCCUCUUGAGUAAUCUUCCCGGCUGCGACCGGUUGAAUCGUUUUUCCAAACUUUCAAACUUAUUUUCCCGGGAAUGCCCGGCGUAGCUGUAAAACUUCAAACUUUCUUCUUUUUUCUUUUUUUUUGUAUGAAUGCGAUGUCUGACUUCCAUACCGGUUAAUCUUCCAUAUCUGCUUGCUUCUUAGAUAUUCUGACCGUUACAUAAAUCAAGUCACUUCUCAAUU